AUGGGGGAGGCCUUCGCGGUGAAGCACUUCGUCGGCGCCGAUGCCGUGGGCUCCGAGGCCGCGCUGCUCACCUCCAUGGCUCACCCGAAUGUGGCUCACUGCCGGUACUGCUUCCACGACGAGGACAAGCGCGAGUUCUUCCUCGUCAUGGACCAGCUCAUGACCAAGAACCUGGCCAGCCACGUCAAGGAGGUGAACAGCGCCAAGCGGCCGGUGCCCUUCCCACUCGCCAUCGUCGUCGACGUGAUGCUGCAGAUCGCGUGCGGCAUGGAGUACCUGCACUCGAGGAAGAUCUACCACGGAUGCGGCACAGCGAUGCGCCCCUCCAUGUCAAGGUCGUCGGGCUCGGGCAAUCCACGGCGACCGUGGCCGCCGCCAACCCCUUGCAUCUGGUACGCCCCAAAGUUGCUGGAGCAGGAUGCGGCCAAGUGCACGGAGAAGGCGGACGUGUACAGCUUCGGGAUGGUCUGCUUCGAGCUGCUGACGCGGAAGAUCCCAUUUGAGGACAACCACCUGCAGGGGGAACACAUGAGCAAGAACAUCCGCGCCGGCGAGCGGCCGCUGUUCCCAUUCCAGGUGCCCAAGUACCUGACCUGCCUCACCAAGUGGUGCUGGCACGGGGACCCGGUGAAGCAGCCGGCGUUCGCGUCCGUCUGCCGCAUCCUCCGCUACGUGAAGCGGUCCGUGGUCAUGAACCCGGCCCCCACAGAGCAGCCAGACGCGGCGCGUCCUCCUAGCGUGCCGCCGGUGGAUUACCUAGACAUCGAGGCGAGCCAGCAAAGGAGCCCGGCAUGGCAGUCCGGGUCCGAGAACAUGGCGCCGCGGGUCUCCGAUGUGCCAUUCCAGAUGUUCGCGUACAGGGUAUUGGAGAAGGAGAGGAGCCGGGUGGCCAUCCUACACAUCGGCGGUGGCGGCGGCGGUAGGGACAAGGCCUCCAACUCCAGCAGCAAUAGCAACUCACUGUGCGGGAACGAGAGCGACAACGCGACGCUGUCGGACGCCGAUGCUCCCGAGGUGCCCGAGGUCCGUCCGAGAGAAAGGAAAGGAGUGAGGUGGAGAAGAUGA